GCGAGCGUGGCGUGCCCCAUCAACUGCCACUGCGACUAUGGCAUGUCUGGCAUCUUGUUGGGCAUAUUUGUAAUUCUCGCCGCGGGCGUGUUCACCUUCUUUCCCGUCUUCCUGAAUUGGUUCGCGUGGGAGUGGUACAUCGACCUGUGCUGGCUCUGGUUUUGCCUCGGGGUCGUCAUCCUGACGUUCGCCUGCGUCUACGAGUGCUGCGUCGGCGCUCCCGACGCGAAGGCCCGGAAGCCAGAGGCGGACGUCGAGGACGGCGCCGUGAAUGCGAGCGUGGCGUGCCCCAUCAACUGCCACUGCGACUAUGGCAUGUCUGGCAUCUUGUUGGGCAUAUUUGUAAUUCUCGCCGCGGGCGUGUUCACCUUCCUUCCCGUCUUCCUGAAUUGGUUCGCGUGGGAGUGGUACAUCGACCUGUGCUGGCUCUGGUUUUGCCUCGGGGUCGUCAUCCUGACGUUCGCCUGCGUCUACGAGUGCUGCGUCGGCGCUCCCGACGCGAAGGCCCGGAAGCCAGAGGCGGACGUCGAGGACGGCGCCGUGAAUGCCCUUGCGCUUUACAUUAUGAUCAACAACUAG